AUGUCUACCGAAAAUGGCGUCAACAACUGGGAGACCUCCUUUGAAAAGGAGGUGGAAGUACUCCGCUUAGCCUCUACUGAAGGAAAUGUCACGUUCCUGUCAAUCUAUCAGGAGAAGACAGUGGAGACGGCGGCUGCAGAAGCCAGUUUCCUCUACCAUGACCUGGCGGCAAUGGAUGUCAGUGCCAUGUACGACUCCUCCAAUGUUCAUCAACAGCUGAAGGAGAAGAGCGAGACUGCGGUGAAAGAUACGGAGACGAGCUGUGAUGUGCUUCGCAACAGCCUGCAGGAAUUCAAGGAAGGCAAAGCGGAUGCCUCGGAGAGCGACUGGGAGUCAUUUCUGGAUGAGGAAGUGGAGAAGCACAAGGCCGAGAGCAACAAGCGAUGGGACGAUCUGAAGAAGUUUGGCAAGGAGAAAAUCAUGCAGCUGCCCGAGGCCUCACGCCCCGCGGCUGCUCGAACUUACGGUGCUGGACUAUCCGUCAUCGGAAAGCUGCUGGGAACCGUUAUGGACUGGCUGAAGAAUGUGCUCAACAAGAUUGCCGAAUUCUUCCGCAAGGCCUGGGAGAAGAUCAAGGAGUUUGCAGGAAAGGCUGUCGAGUGGUGUUCCAACGCCUGGAGCUCGAUUGCCGGCAUUUUCAGCGGCGUGUUUUCCUUUGCUGCCACGGCCGCAAUUGACAAGUACAGCCAUUCCAAUGCUGCCAAUUUUGGCCUCUUUCCUUCAUUCGAUUCCAACGUGACCGUUGAACAGGCCAGGCAAUUCUUGGAUCUUUUGUCCAAGAUAACUCAGGAGAGAAACUUGAAUGGAGUGCACUCGGCGUUGCCUCUGAAGGCUGUCUAG